AGAAAAAUGAAGAAAUUUAUCGAAUUGAAGUGAUGAAAAACUACCGAGGAGGACCUUGAGAAACUGCAUUCAAUUAUUUGCGCAUGCGCAUUACUGACUUUCUUUGACCUAUAUUACAACCGAACCAGUUGAGGAUUGCCUUAUACCAGGUUUGAGGUAUUCCAGGAAUGAAACUGAUCAUCCCUUUGGAAUGAGAAUUUGGAAUUAUUUAAAAAACGUCAGUGUGCUGAAAAACAAACCAAAAUCAUCUGAAGUUCUCACGAAUUAUUUAAAGCAAAGAAAUCUACCUCUUUGGACUGCAUUUGUUAUAAAAUACAGUGCCAUCAAAAAUGACCAGUUUGGACUGUCUCACUUUAACUGGAAUGUAGACGGGACCAAUUAUCACGUAUUACGAACUGGUUGUUUUCCAUAUGUGAAGUACCACUGCACUAAGCGACCUUACAGUACUGAUUUGAUAUCUGAGGAUAGAUUUUACAGAUUCUUAAAGAUCAUUAACCUAGGUCUCCCAACACUGACAUAUGGAAUAGCACAUGUAAUGUUUGCAACCCAUCAUGAAACAGUGAAGACAUCUUUAGGCUGUGUAACACUUUACUUCUGGUACCCAGAGGACCGAGGGGCAACUCACUGAUGAACCAUAUCAUGUUCCUCUUAACAAGCGCAUGACAAAGUUUAUGUGUAAUAUUAUAAAAACAGUGCAAUUUGACAUACUAUUAUUUAUCUUUUAUGAUACCUCAUGAAAUAUCAAGCAUUCUAUUGACAUAGGAUACAAAAUAUAAAAAUGUCUCCCCAGCUUGUGCAGCUCAGCUUGGUUGGUUCCAUAUUGCUGGCUCUCAUAUUUGUUGCACUUGUCAUAGCCAUAGUGCAGUUGGCGAUUUUUGUCUAUAGAGUGUGCAAUAGGAUAAGGGGACGGUCAAACCAUGACAAUGCAAAAGACAUUUCCAAGAUGCAGAAUAAUGCUAAAAGGGAGAAAUCUGAAAAAUUGGCAGCUAAGGAGGAAUAAGUGUACUGUAUUUUACAUAUUGUACAUAUUGCACAAAUAUGUUUUUGUCAUUCUGUCAGACAAGACUAAUUUAAAAACUAGAAUGAAACAAAUGUAUUGCUGAGCUGAUAUAU